AUGUGCAGGUUAGAAGAGGAGCAAACAGCAACAUACAUAGUUGACACGGAUGCCCUGAGAUGCCUCAAGAAGUGCAGUCAGCUCGUGACGGUUCUUCACCUCCUCACCAUGAGCGGUCUUCCAGUUGUUCCCAAGCCACUUGUUCAACCAAGGCCUCCUUUGGAGUUCCUUUCCUCUGAGCCCCAUAGAUCUCCACCAACUUCCUCCUUUCUCCAUCUCCUUCACCGUGGAUGGGCCGUUGCAUCAUCAACCCUCUGCUCCCUCUAUCAGGAGAAUGGAUUAGAGACUUCCAUGUGCAGGAUAUAUGUAGACAGACGACGAUGCCUGCGGUUCGAGGCAGUACCUGAAGAGGAGACCAUGGCAAGUGAGGACGUAAAGGGUCUCCGAGGCUUUUUUGCUCGUGAACGGCUGGACCAGCUGCGGUCGACCGCUGGUGAACUUGGCUGCAAUCCUCACGCAGUUCGUCUCCUCUUCACGAUCGAGAACCAAAAAGCCAUGAAUAGAAUGUCUCGGGCGAAGCAAGGGAAAGAGGUGGAUCUCACAAGAGAACCUGUAGAAGGGGGAACGGCGAAUCCGCCGUGUCGCAAUUGA